CUUUUAGCACGAGGCAUGGUUGAGUAAUUUACAGCUUAAUAGACUAAACACAGACUAAAAAGAAGUUACAAACAUUUACAGUGUAAACAACAACAAAUUGUAACACGUGCGGAGGGAAGCGCGAGAAGACUAGGGACUAAUACAAAGAUUUGCAACAUGGCGUCCAACUUUGAUAAAAUAUCUAUAACUUUUCUAAAUUAAUACCCAAAAUAUCGUGAAAUGGUGCUGUAUCUGUAAUGAAAUACCCUAGAAGCUUGUCUAAGCUUCCGCUCCAAGUAUUUUUCUUAUCAUUUUUGCUUAUCCCGGAGGUACAGUGUGAAUUAAUAGUGUAGAAUUAAAAAUCAAUUUAUAAAUACCGUCGGUUGCAUCUAAAGAUGAACAGGUGCAGAUAUUGAUUUUUGCUAUUGUCACGUGAAAUUUCAAUGUUUGUAACUAACAUGUUAAGGUUUUAAUAAGUUCAGACAAUCAGUAUGAGACUAGUUAACCUGUUAAGUGCCAAUAAGCCUCACAUUAUUUUACUCCGUCUAAUGCCAGAUGAUUUUACUCAUCAUUGGACAUUGUCUGAAUCUGCUAUGCAUGAGCAUAGCAGUGACCAAGUCAUGUUUUCCAACCUGAGGUAUGCACCCCCUGCCUCAGUAGAUUGACCUACACAAAAUAGCUAGUAAUGAUAAGCAUGGCUGUCAAUUACCUACAACACCUAGAACUGUCAACAUGAUGGAUGUACUGUAUUACAGUAUAGGAUUUUUCAGCUUCUUUUUUCUUUAUAAUUGAGCCCCAGAGUGAAUGGAAGGGCAAUGAUUCACUAUGAUUGUGGUAUUAUUUAUAGUCCUAUUCAUCUCCACAUUGUUCUCGAGGAGGAUCAAGAUUGGUGAGAAAAGUCCUUGACAAGGUCGGAUAGCAAUGAAGCAAAAACUAUUUCCAUCUAUAAGUAUCCAGAAAUGAUGUCACGACAGACUAAUUUUAUGUUGAGAUUGAGUUUUAGGAUUAUUAGUUUAUGGAUUAGGAUUUAAAAUAGCAUAGGAUUAGGAUGUAAUAUUAAAUUUUAGGUUGGGUUAGGAUUAGAGAUUUGGAUUGGAUUAAGAUUGUAAGGGUAAGAGCAUAUUUAUAUUGUGGAUGUAAUAUAGAAAUUGACCCAUAAUUUGAAUCCAAUACAACAUUCAGAAAGGAAGCAAAAUAUUGCCUGUUAUAAUAUCAAAUAUUGGCAUUGAAUUGUAUAGAAUUUCUUCCCAAUAUUUGAAAAUUAUGGAGUAAAUAUAACUGAAGAAUGCCCAUUGAGGAGAUUUCGAGAUUUAUAUCACAUUCAAGAAGAACACAAGCUGUUUGAACACAAUGCAAGAUGGAGUUGUCAAUCUUGUGGAAAAGCUUUUUAUAGACAAGAAUUUCUGGACCUUCACAUGGAAAAUAAACAUCAAGAUUUGUUAGUUAAGGAGGAGGUACUAUAUGAAAAGCUAGUUAUUCAUUCACUUCCAAAUGGACCAUAUCACCACCAUUUACUCUAUAUUAAUUAUCACUACCAUACCCACUAAUUACCAUCAUUUUUACCAGUAUCACCAUUACCAUUUUUUUGUGUUCAACUAAAACAUGUGAGCAACAGAUGUUGAGAUCUUUGGUAGCUGUAAGUGGACAUGAAAUAAAUGUAUUCAAAACUGCAUCAAAUGUGUUGUGUUAGAAGUACUGAUGUGCAGUAGCAUUGAAGAAAAUUCAAUUUUAGGUCUUGCGUGAGCUUAGGAUUUGCGUGAUUCGCAUGAGGAACAGAAUUGUCAGAUUUUCUCAAUCUCUUACUAGUUUUCCUACUGUCAAAAUUAUAAUUUCUCUCAGUGAGGUUUAAUUUCUCAAAAAUUUCCCCCUGAUCAUGCCAUAGCUCACUAUGCCAUGCAACUAUCUACAAAAAGCAUGACCUAAAAUGCUGUUUUUCGUGAGAAAAACCUGUCAUUGCUAUCUUCAUUAUCAUUGUUUUAAUAUGAUUAUUUAUUUGCCAUUUUCAUCGUCUUCAGCACCAUAUAUCAGAAUACAUUAAAACAACCAGUGACUUCUCUUUGCUAGCUUUCUCCAGUGUGUCUGGCUGACUACUGUCAACUAUUUCGCUGUGACGCCCUAAACAAGGAAAGAAGAAAUAAACAUUUCUGGAGUAAAGCGUUGUGUAAUGGCGAGAAUAUGGCUAAACUAAGAAAGAAAUGUGUGGUGAGAUUUCAUCUUAGGGGCGUUGUCUGUGUUUGUUGUUGUUGUUGCUUUUUGGUAUUCUUGCCAUUUAUUUUGUUGCCGUUGUUAUAAUACAGUACCUCCGCCAGGAGGCUAUGAGGUGUGUGUGUUCGUUUGUUUUAUGGUUAGCACGAAAUAUCAAACGUAUUAACACAAAAUAUCAAACGUAUUAACACAAAAAUUUGUGGGACUAAUGCACAUUGCCCAAGCCAGGACAGAUUGAUUACAUUUUGGUUAUAUUUGGUUGAAAAGAUGAGAAAUUAACAACAGUUUAACUUUAUCUUGCUUUGCUGGGCAGAGUAAACUGAAUCCGUAAUUAGCCCAGUUUAUAAUUUAUGCAUGAUAUAUAAGUUUUUGUGAUCGGCCGAAAGGUCGAGGUACUUUUAAUCUUUUUACGUAGUUUAGAUACGCACCACAGCGCAUAUAGUCACUGCAUUACUUAUGAUCAUUUAGAGUCUUGUGAAAUCAUGUAUACCAAUUGACGAAACACGGGGAUCUUUCACUUACAAACAAGUUUAUAGUAAGUUUGUAUCUUUGUUGCAUGGAACGGUUAAAAACCGUGACCCUGAGAAAACUACUAAUAAAAUAAAGAUUGUUGCGGGAACGAUUUGGCUUCCAGGAAGCCUAUGUCGCUUCUGUUGAAGAAUCAUUGUUACCUGGUUUUUCCACCUUCAGAAAGCAUGGCUAGUGGCUGGUUUACACUAUCAAAGUUUCUGUUAUCACAGCAGUGUUAAACACCGAGUCUGUUUCCUCAAACAUUUUUUACAAAUCCUUCAAAUCUUAGAAUUUACCAAUGCAAAAUUCCUACUGUGAGCACAGAAACUUUGAUAGUGUAAACCAGACUUAAGAAAUAGUUUUUUCACGGCGUUUCCAAUACCUGGGCGAAGAACACUGUGAAACUGUUUUGUGUUAGAAAAGUGCAUGGCUUUUUAUCAUUCCAGAUGAAAUUGUAGAAGAAACGUGUUCUCUCAUCAAUUGCAAAGAUUACUGGAAACCACUCGAUUACGAGGUACUUUUUUAAUACUGGAUAUAAUGCAGCAAAAAUGUUUGUUAUAACUAUAUGUUGGAAAGAGGUUCGGACAUGAAUAGGCCAAUCUCCAUGAUUCGGAAUCAUCUAUAGGAUCGGUUAAAUCUUCAGCUAGGUACCCAGCAUCAUUCCCUGGUCAAUGUACAAUUGGUUAUAGAUAAUUUGGUUAACUAUUAAGAGGAGAUUUUUUUGUAUGUUACGUAACACGCGCUCAAAACUAAUGCGUAUAAUAUAUCACUUGAGGUUAUGACUAAAUUCAAAAUUUUUAGUUUUCGAUACGUUUCUCAAUCGGCAAACAAACUUAAAAAGUAUGUUUAGUGCUUUAUCUGUAAAAUAAUGCUAAAAUGAAGAGAUUUUAGAUGAUACGCCAAAGAGAAAAUGAUGUCUGAAGUCCAGUAAGUUUUGCUUAUAUGGCUGUAAAUAUGGCGUCAAUUUUAAAGCAUCAUUGAUAAUUGAAUUUUAAUUGCCAAUUUUUUAUUAUUUUAUUAUUUUAUGUUUCUCAACCGGCAGAUGCAUUUAAAAAGGUAGCUAACUCUAUAAACUACAGAAUAAAGCUAAAACAAAGUAAUUUUGAGAGGAACGCCAAAACGAUUUUAGGUUUUGAACACUUUUCAUUGCAAAUACGUGACAUUGAAAAAAAUUGCCUCUUAAUAACAGUGGAGAAAUAAAAUUGCACCCUUGCUGUACCUUUGGGGAGAACAGUUUGGAACGGUUAUAUACUUACUUAUUAGACCUUAUUAGUAAUUUAAAUUUGCUCUUUUUUCAGCUGUCGGCUUAUGAAGUGCUCUAUUACCUGACAUUUACCCCGAUUCUCAUCUUUGCUCUUGGUAUUUAUUAUUACAACGUCUGGGAAUAUUAUUAGUAAGUAAAAAUCCCUUUUAUCAUUUUCUAGCCUGAGAUACAGUAAGCUCUAUAACUGAGUCUUCCUGCAUGAACAUUCUCCCUAAUACCCUUCGAUGAAUGACUGCUGCUCAUCUUCGCGUGUAGGUGCAUGGUUUUCAAACAGUAGCAUGCCUGUAGGUAUAAUUUUUGCGGAGGUAGCCAAUCUUCGAAUAAAUAUACUUUGAAUAAUACCGGCGCAUUCACUCAAUAACGCCAGGCUUAGAUAGCUAUAGCUGUAUAUGAUUUUUGUAGAUGGCAGCUGUGACAACUGAAUUCUUAAAUUUUGGAGUUAGUUAGCCCUUAUACUAUAUGGAAGUAGCGUCGCUCUUAGUAGAGAGGUUCAGGUUUGACUUAUGCUUCCAAUAAGGGACCAUUAACCAAUGAGAUGCGUUUCGUAUAUCCAACUAACCAAUCAGAUGCGAACUAAGCCAGUGAGAGGUAGCGGUAGUGGAAGUCAAAUCUGAAUCUCACUCAAACCUAACUUCUGCAGCCAUGAACAGUAGAAACAGUAAUGUAUUUCAGAGCGCCCCUUUACAGUCGGCUCCCUUAUCAGGUUGGAGGCCAGGCCUGCACAAGUUGCCUCCUGUCCCUCGCAAUGGCCCAGCUCAUGUAUAUAGCUGAAGGUAUAUUAGUGUACUUUGGUAUAUUUUCAGUGGAGAUGAAUCAGAAACCAGAGAUGCUGACAAGGGCCAACGAAGGCAGUCCAGUGAUAAUAAUCUUCCAGGCUUAAGAAAAAGAUAUGCGGCAAACAGUAGAUUCACGUACUGACACUCGAAUGCAUGUAUAAACUAUAGAUAAACGAUUAAAUUGUAAAUAGGUAACUAUGGUAGUAAAGGCCCUGUCACACUGUUGCGUAUCGUACUAGCGUAUGCCAGCGACAGCGUAUGAAAAAUAUCACUCAUACGCCGGUAUACGCUGACAUACGCUAGGGGUACGUUAAGCAUAGGUUGUAUACGUUUCAAGCACGGUCCCGUACGGUGGCAUACGCUGGGAUACGGCGAGACAGAAAAUUUUUUUUGAAGCAUGCUCAAACAUUUUGUGCGUAUCGUGAUCGGACAUAUGCUUUAUACGAUAAGCAUACUCUAGGCACACGCUGAAUACGCUAGAGGUCAGUACCAGAUGUACGGUACUCAUACGCUGGCAUUUUGGCAAAGGAUUUUUGUGCGUACGAAAAUUAUUUCAUUAAUUUUCAUACGCUUCUCAUACGUUUUUGUCAUACGCAAUAGUGCAGUGACAGGGCCUUAACAUAUGCUUUCAUUUUCCACAAUAAAUAAUAUUUCGCAACACGACUAAGACUCACAAUGUAAUUUUCA